AUGUGGCUGUGGAGACAGCGGCCGGAAGAGACGGCGCUGUGUUGUGCUGCCAAGGAUGGCAACGUGGCCACCGUCCAAGCGCUCUUAGACGACGGCGUCAACAUUGAGUGCACGUUCGAGGAUAGCCAAACGCCAUUGCAUUAUGCAGCUGCGAACGGUCAUGUGGCGAUCGUCCGCUUUUUGCUUGAAAAAGGCGCCAAAAUCGAAGCGCGGGAAUCGUGGAAUGGUGCUACACCGUUGCGCGCAGCUGCGAACCGUUGGCAGUCGGACGUCGUCCGUCUCCUGCUCGAGUACGGCGCUGACUUUGAUACAAUGGCCAAGGAUGGGUCGACACCGUUGCACCAGUCUGCUCUGUUUGGGUAUAUGGCGAUCGUCCGCCUCUUGCUUGAAAAAGGCGCCAAGGUCGACGCGCAGACCAAGAAAGGGGAGACACCACUGUACAACGCAGCCCGGAACCAUCAGCCGGAGAUCGUGCGACUCCUCCUGGACAACGGAGCGACUCUUGACGUGCAAGACAAGAAGGGGCGUACACCGCGCAUGCGAGCUGAGAAAACGGGGUCGUUGGACGCAGCCGAGCUCUUGCGCGACUACCCCCGUAAACACGACUACGAAGCAGCGCUCUGGAAGGCGCUCCGCACAAAGAACAUCGCAGCCGCAUUGACCCUCGUCAAAAAACGCGUUAUCGACCCCAACCUCUGCGACACGGAUGGGACGCCCUUGCUGCACCGUGUAUUGGAAAUGCCGUCGCUGCGCCACGUUAUAGUUGAAAACCGAGAGCUCCGUGUGGAUGAUACGGACAAGACGGGGGACACGGCCCUGGCACGUGCUGUCGUGACGGACAACGUCGAUGUGAUCCUCGCGCUGCUCUAUACAGGCGCCCGCGUCGACCUUCUCAGCGAGGCGCUUCUUCAAACGCAUGUGCUUGGCACUGCUGAUCUGCUAUGUGCUGUUGCCACAAAGGAUGUCGUCAGCGUCCACCGAGCAACCGCGCUGCACAUCGCAGCCGCUUGCAACCACACCCAGAUCGUUGGUUUGCUCCUCAAGACGGACGCGUCGCUCCGCUACUGCCAAGACCACCAUGGGAAUCGGCCCCUGCACGUCGCGGCUGCCCGGGGGAAUGUUGACACCAUCGCCACGCUCCUGGACUUUGACGAGGCGUGCGUCGACAUGGCCAACCGUGCUGGCGAGUCGCCGCUCUAUUUGGCUGCUCGGGGUAGCCAUCAAGGCCAUGGACAUUGCGUCACGCGCCUGCUCUCCGCCAACGCCAGCUGUCGAUCCAUAACCAAGGACGGGUCGACGGUGCUGCACGCUGCAGCACAGGGUGGUUACUGGGCGAUGCAACGACUCGUCGUACUCUGCAGCGAUGCGCUGGAGGCACACAAUGCGAUGGGAGAGACGCCGUUGUACGUGGCGGCCAAAGCCAACAACUUUUAUGCGGUGCGGAAUUUUGUGGGCGCAGGCGCCGACUUGGGUACCGCCCCCAAGGACCCCGAGACGUUGAUGGCGAUUUUGCAAAGCGCAAUCAACGCGCAGGACACGAAGCUGUUGCAAGCACUGGUGCCAGUGGUAGCCGAAGCGGGCCAUGUCGCUUGCCUCCGCGACGUUCUUCAAGCCCAUAGUCUACCAUCCAUGGGUCUACCAAAGGCUCUUGGCACCGAGAUGCGUCAAAAGGCACUGGCGACCGCGGUGGCCAAGGACAAGCCACAGAUUGUGAUGGACCUUCUCCACUCGCAUGGGUCCGAACUGGCCAUUGUCGCCGAGACUGCGUCGCCAUUGCACUAUGCAGCCGCCGCAGGAUCGCAACUGGUGCUCGGUAUGCUGCUCGCGACUCCUGGCCUCCAGAUCAACGCCGUCAACAAGGAGGGAUAUACGGCGCUGGCCAUUGCCGUCAACGAAGGCCGACUCGACGCAGCGACUGCGCUAGUCACUGUCGGCGCAGACGCGUCCAUUCAUUUGCCCGAUGGCUCGUCGGUGCUCCACGCCGCCGUCGCACUGGAGGCCCACAGCUCCGACAUGCUGCAGAUGUUGUUGUCGUCCUCGACGCUUGAGAUCGACCAGACCGACGCGAUCGGCCGUACGGCGCUAGCGUGCGCCGUCCUCGCGGAGCGUGACCACCUUGUGCAACUGCUUGUCGAAGCGGGCGCCGACGCGACACUGCCGUUGCGAAACGGACAAGAUUUGACCAUAUUGGCAACCGCCGCCCAACGUCGACACCAAAGCAUCGCGUCGUACCUCAACGACCAAGUGCAUACGGCCGCGCUCGACAUAUCGGCCGCCGACAUCACGUCGUUCGAGUCGUUGGGCAAGGGCGGCGGUGGUGCUGUCGUCCGUGCGUCGUACAAUGACCGUGCAGUUGCAAUCAAGAAGCCCUUGUACGGGUCGGUGCGGGAAGCCAUUCCGAUGCGAGAAGAGAUCGACAACACCACACUGUGUCGGUCGCCGCACGUCGUGCCGCUGUUGGCGACGGUCGAUUAUGCUUCGAACCACCCACAGAUGGUGCUCGAGCUCAUGGACCAAGGGGACCUCUUCCAGUACCUGUGCACGAAGCGCAAGGGUGAGCCGGUGAUCACGGAGAUCACGACAAUGCAAGUGGCGUGGGCGAUCGCGAAUGCCCUUCAAGUGAUCCACGGUCUCGGCAAGGUGCACCGCGACGUCAAGAGCUUGAACGUCUUUCUCUCAUCGACCCAUGGAGUCAAGCUCGGCGACUUUGGCACGACACGGACCCUCGAGACGCUCAUGACGGGCAACGUCGGGUCGCAACUCUGGAUGGCCCCCGAGGUCUUUCGCGCAUACGACUACAACCCAAGCCAGGACGAUGACCGAACGCUGUACACGUCGGCCGCCGACGUUUACUCGUUUGGUAUCAUCUUGUCCGAAGUUGAGACGGGCCACGAGCCGUAUGCGAACCAUGGCGGCAACGUCAUUGCUGACGUGCGCGCCGGGACACUGCGUCCGGAUCUGGGCCAAAAUUGCCCGCCUUGGCUCCGCAAGCUCGCGACCGCGUGCUGGGCGCAGGAGGCAUCGAUGCGCCCGACAGCCAAGCAGAUCGUCCAAUACCUCGCCAAGCGGCUUUACGAUCAUGAGCGUGACGAAGCGUACGAUGACGACGAUGACCUUGCGCCCAAGUGUGUGGACCACGCUAAGACGACGAUGGCCACGAAGGACCUCUUCUCCAUUGCCGAGGAGCCGUAGCCAUGGACGAUUGUCUUUGCCGGAUGAAAUAAUCAUUUGCAUUUUGCCCAUA